GCGGGAAGAACACAUUGCGGAGUACAACAGUUGUCUGACAUUCUUGUCCAGUAACUCGAUUUAUGUAAAAGAAAAGUGUGAGAAGAUUCAUUUAUAAAAUAAUUUUAAAAGUAAAUUUAUAAAAAUGGCACCAAAAAUAUCAAAGGAUUAUACAAAAGUUAGAGAGCAAAUGAAAACUUUUUUGACGGAGUUUAUGGUAAUGGAUACCAAAACUGGCGAGAAAUCAUUCAAAUAUAAAAAUCAGCUCACCAAUAUAGCUCAUCGUGAACAAGUAGAACUUGUAAUAGAAUUAGACGAUGUUCAUGAGUUUGAUGAUGAAUUAGCAGAAUCUAUUGCAAGUAAUACUCGAAGAUAUGUUAAUUUACUUUUGGAUCUCAUUCAAGAAAUGUUACCUGACUAUAAAACAAAAGCUGUGCCACCAAAAGAUGCUCUGGAUGUAUAUAUUGAACAUAGAUUACUGAUGGAAAACCGUAAUAGACAUCUUGGCGAACAACGUGAUGCAAGAAAUAAAUAUGCCCCAGAACUCAUGAGACGCUUCGAAGUAUACUUCAAAGAUUUUGAUACAGCUAAGGAGUAUUCAGUGAGAGACAUAAAAGCAGAUAAAAUAGGAAAAUUAGUUACUGUACGAGGUAUAGUAACAAGAUGUAGUGAUGUAAUGCCUUUACUUGUUGUUGCUACAUAUACAUGCGAUCAGUGUGGUGCUGAAACAUUCCAACCGGUACAAUCUCUUAAGUAUAUGCCAUUGCGAUCAUGUCCCAGUGAUGAUUGUCGUAUAAAUAAAUCUGGUGGUGUAUUAGAAAUGCAAACAAGAGGAUCAAAAUUUGUCAAAUUUCAAGAAAUAAAAAUACAAGAACACAGUGAUCAAGUUCCUGUAGGUCAUAUUCCACGAUCUUUAACAGUUUAUUGUCGAGGUGAAGUAACCAGAAAGUGUUUACCUGGAGAUCAUGUACUUAUUACAGGUAUCUUUCUGCCAAUCAUAAAGUCUGGAUUUAGUGCUAGAGUUGGUGCAGCUCUUCUGAAUGAAACAUAUAUAGAUGCACAUAGAAUUGUUUGUCUUACUAAUAUGCAAAGCUCAGACGAUGGUAAUGCCGAAUUGACUGAUGACGAGUUGGCUUUAUUAACGGAAGAUGAUUUUUAUGGUAAAUUGGCUCAUUCCAUAGCUCCAGAAAUUUAUGGGCUUGAAGAUGUUAAAAAAGCAUUGUUAUUACUCCUUGUUGGUGGAACAGAUAAACAUCGGGAGGAUAUUAAGAUCAGAGGUAAUAUCAAUAUUUGCUUAAUGGGUGAUCCAGGAGUUGCUAAGUCUCAGUUACUUUCGUUUAUAACGAGGCUGGCGCCUAGAUCUCAAUAUACAACUGGCAGAGGUUCUUCGGGAGUUGGUUUAACUGCUUCAGUUAUGAAAGAUCCUCUGACUGGUCAAAUGAUGCUUGAAGGAGGAGCUUUGGUACUAGCCGAUGAAGGCGUCUGUUGCAUCGACGAAUUUGAUAAAAUGGCAGACUCAGAUCGAACAGCUAUUCAUGAAGUGAUGGAACAACAAACAAUAUCAAUUGCAAAGGCAGGAAUUACAACUCGUUUAAAUGCAAGAGUUUCCAUAUUGGCUGCUGCAAAUCCUGCAUAUGGCAGAUAUAAUCCAAGAAGGACGAUUGAACAAAAUAUUCAGCUACCUGCUGCUUUGUUAUCUCGAUUCGAUUUACUCUGGUUAAUUCAAGAUCGAGCAGAUCGUAGCAAUGAUUUGAAAAUGGCUCAACACAUAACUUAUGUUCACCAACAUUGUAUUCAACCCCCUAUGGAGUCGCAAGCCUUGGAUAUGAAUUUAAUUAGAAGAUACAUCACUUUGUGUAAACUAAAACAACCCAUUGUUCCAGAAGAAUUGACAGAGUAUAUAGUUGAAUCUUAUGUAGAAAUGAGAAGGGCAGCACGUAAUAGUCAGGAUAAGACAUUUACUUCUGCACGUAAUUUAUUGGGCUUAUUACGUUUGUCUACUGCACUAGCACGCCUAAGGCUAUCAAACGUUGUCGAAAAGGAAGAUGUACAAGAGGCAAAUAGACUAAUUGAAAUGUCAAAGCAUUCCAUCAACUAUUCCGAAACGCUGACUACAAAUACUAACCAGAAUCCAAUGAAUCGAAUUUUCCAUCUAAUUAGAGAAUUAGCUGGUGACAAGAAAACGGUCAAAGUAUCAGAUAUUUUGGAAAGAUGCACGAGCAAAGGAUUCAAACCCGAUCAAGUGAACGAUUGUAUCGAGGAAUAUGAAGCACUGAAUGUGUGGCAAGUGAAUCAAACAAGAACUCAAAUUACAUUUAUAUAAUCGUUUAUUUAAUGUGACAGUAUGCAAGACGCUAUUUUUUAUGGUACUUUCAAAAGUAUUCGUAUACAUUUUUACCUGUUUCGAUGAAUAAAUUUCCUAUUUUAUUAUUAA